AUGGCGAUGUGCACUGAUACUGACACCGAUUCGGAGAGACCACCAAAUAGAAUUGAGAUUGACUUUAGAAGCACUUGUUACGAAAAAAUACCGCUGUGGAAGUCAUGGGCUGCAAAAGGCAAAGUUCAAGAAGCAAUAAACCAACUAUUAUUUUUAGAGAAACAAACCAGAGCCCACACAUCUGUACCAGAUGUUACGGCACGAAUCUUGGUAGCCAUAGUACAGAUAUAUUUUGAAGCUAAAAAUUGGUUGGCUCUUAACGAACAAAUUCUUAUUUCAGCAAGAAAAAGGUCUCAACCAAAAGAGGCUAUUCUGAAAAUGGUACAAGAAUGUAUAACUUUCAUAGAUAAAAUACCAGACAAGGCAAAUAAAAUGAAAUUAAUCGAUACUUUAAGUUUCGUAACAGAGGGCAAAGCUUAUCUUAAAGAAGAAACGGCUUUGCUUAUUCGUAUCUUGAAUAAGAUUAAUGAAGAUGAACAAAUUCAAAAUGAAACUCCUGCUAUAAGUGACAGGAGUGUGCCCUUAAACUUUAUGGAUCCAGCUGAGAUUGAAAUUCCGAAAAAGAGAAAAAUAUUAGAUAGGCAUUCCAAAGAAAUACUGUUUAAUUUACAUAAAUAUUUCAAUGGCCUAAAAAAUCAAGAUAUGUCGAGUAUCUAUCAAACAUCAGCAGCUAAAUUAACAUCAGAUGCGACAGGUGUUCCAUUUUCUUCUGUGAAAAAGGUAAUUUUCGAAAGUAAACGAACUCUGGAAGAAGGAAAGCCUUUUACUUCUUCAAAACAGUUGUUAGUUUCGAGGAAAAACAAAUUUAACAUCAAUGAUUUCGAUAGGGCUGCAAUUCGACAGAUAAUCAUCGAUUAUUAUUAUGAAUAUUACAACGAAGAUAAAGAUUUUCCCAUUAUGACAUCUCUGCACGAAGCUGUGAAGGAAAAACUUAAUUAUCCUGGCUCAUGUACUACAUUACGUCGAGAAGUAGCACGAAUGGGAUUUCACUGGAAAAUGACAGAAGGCAAUUCUGGAAUACUGGUGGAAAAACAUAAAAUACGUUUUCAACGAAUAAAUUUUUUGACUAAAAUUUCCGAAUACAGAUCACAAGGACGCCCGAUUGUUUUCGCUAGUGAGGUAUACAUAGAUACUUCAAUUUCAUCAAAUCCAUCUACCAGGGGAAAUGGUUUGAUUAUUGUUCAUGCUGGUGGAUCAGAUGGCUUCGUCCCAAAUGCACUAGCUAUGUUUGAAACUAAUGAUCAAGUUGAAGCUCGACCGCAUUAUUUGAACACUGAAGAUUUUAUAAAAUGGAUUGAAAAUGACUUGAUGCCUAAUUUGAAACCAAAAAGUGUUGUAGUAAUUGAUAACAUUUUUUAUCAAAAUAUAUUAGAAAAUCCAGCCCCUGGACCUCACGCCUGUAAACAAGAAAUGCUUGAUUGGCUUGAUUUUCGAAAUAUUAUACAUUCGUCUUCUAUGUUAAAACCGCAACUUUAUCAGUUAAUAUUGGAACAUAAGAAAAUCUUCAAAGAAUUUAAAAUUGAUUGUAUACUUCGAAAGAAUAAUCACAGUGUACUUCGUCUUCCACCAUAUCACCCAGAAUUAAACCCAUUCAAAAAACGUGGUUAACAAUAAAACAAAACAUGGGGAAGAGAACCGAAUGGUGUAAGCAAGCUAAAAACAUAACAAAAUUUGUAAGACCAAAAUAAAUUCAAUUGAUGUACAAGAAUGGAAAAACGCAUGUGAUCAAGCAAUAAGAGAAGAGCGGAAAUACAUAGGCCACGAGGCAGCAAUUGACGCCCUAACAGAGCGAUUAGAGAAAAACGUGUGCGACUCUUCAGAAGAAAGCGAUGCUGAUAACGAUAUUAUAAUGGGUGAAGCAGAAUCUGAUGUAGAACUGACAUAA